UAAACUAUCUCAGCAACAGCACUACCAUACAAAAACCUCCUCACGGCAGCAUUUGUAAUUGUUUGUUCUUCUGAGAGACCUGUUUAGUUUUUCCUAUCCUCGAAAUUCGUUAGUUCAUCUGUUUUGCCCUGUGUUUAUUUCAAUCUUGUCCACUGUUUGUGUAUCUCAGUGAUUAAAUGUAACUGCAAUCCAUUCCUCUUCUUUGGUUCACUUCAAGCUCUUCUUGUUCCUUUUGGAGUCUCCUUGCAGAAAAAUGUAAAUUUGAUUUCGGAUUAAGAUACCCUUUUGCUUUUCAAUCAAUGCCCAAAUCCUCAAAAGUGUUCUGAAUCUUUCCAAUCAUGGUCUUAUUCAAGGAAUCUCGUUAAUCUAUGCCAGAUUUCCAUUUGGGUCUAGCUUACUCAUCUUUGACCUUCCUGAUCUUUUUAUGAGCAUUCUUCUCGGUGCUUUUAAAGUCUAACAAAUGCAGGUUGUGAAGAUGUGUUUCCGUUAGUCGUGUUGGAUUGCCCUCCAUAGCUAUAGCUUCAGAACCGAAAUUUGAUUAACCUUCGUUUGAGUGUAUUAACUGUACCAUGUAACUGAAUGCUGCCAAUCUGCUUCUACUGUGUUAUUUCUAGGAGUUCGUUUGGUCUCUAUGGAUAGCAUAUGGAGGGAAAUGUUGGAUCUAGGAUUUGUUAUGGCUGAGCGCUAGUCUUCAUUUUCAGCUUUGAGCAGAGUGUCUACUCUUCUUGUUCAAGUGUUGACUAUAGCAUAAACUCUCUAAUAUUCUUUCAGUUUCUCUUGGAUAUGUAAUCUAAUUUCUUUUUACUCAAUUACUGACUUGUUCUUUUGUUACUCAUAACAAUACAUCCAAAAGUUCUUCAUAAAUUCUUUGAAAUGUAAAUUCUUCAACUAGAUUCAUUCAUUCAAUUUCUUCAUCAAGGGCCUGAAGUGCUCAACAAUAAAAAAAUGAGUAUACCUUCUUCAACUUUUCCUGUUUGGGAUGAUAUGUAGGAUUCUGUUAUCUCUGCCCGAGUCAUAUUUGGUAUUUUCACAUAUUCAGCUUUGAUUACUAUGUAAACCUCUAGAGCUCCUUUCAAGUAUUUGUUUUUUUCUUCUGUUUUUCCUUUCUGUUUUUGCUCUAUAAAUCAGAAUUUAAGAUCAAUAUCAGUUCCUUGGUAUUCCAAGACUUUCAUGGAGGAAACAUUUGUUCCCUUCCGUGGGAUUAAGAAUGACCUCAAAGCAAGAAUAACAUGCUACAGACAAGAUUGGAGCAGUGGAUUCCAAGCAGGAAUCAGGAUCCUUGCCCCAACUACAUACAUAUUUUUUGCUUCUGCAAUUCCUGUUAUUUCUUUUGGCGAGCAACUCGAGAGAAAUACUGAUGGAACUCUCACUGCUGUGCAAACUCUUGCAUCAACUGCACUCUGUGGAGUUAUCCACUCAAUCAUUGGAGGCCAGCCUCUGCUCAUACUCGGCGUAGCGGAGCCAACAGUUCUGAUGUACACAUUCAUGUAUAACUUUGCUAAGGAUCGUGAGGAUUUGGGACACAAACUAUUCCUACCUUGGACUGGAUGGGUGUGUGUUUGGACUGCUCUGUUGCUUUUCUUGCUGGCCAUUCUUGGUGCAUGCUCCAUAAUCAAUAGAUUCACACGUGUUGCUGGCGAAUUAUUUGGUCUGUUAAUUGCAAUGCUCUUUAUGCAGCAGGCUAUAAAGGGACUUGUGGAAGAGUUUGGUGUGCCUAAGAACCAGAGAGAAGGUACCAAUCAGAUUGCCCUCCAGUCAUCUUGGUUGUUUGGCAAUGGAAUGUUUGCUUUGGUUUUGUCAUUUGGUCUUCUUUUUAGUGGUCUACAAAGCCGCAAAGCUAGAUCCUGGCGUUACGGAUCAGGUUGGCUACGGGGAUUCAUAGCUGAUUAUGGAGUUCCUCUAAUGGUUCUGAUAUGGACUGCUGUGUCUUACAUACCAGUCAAUAAGGUUCCAAGGGGAGUCCCUAGGCGACUUUUCAGUCCAAAUCCAUGGUCUCCUGGUGCAUACUCAAAUUGGACUGUUGUCAAGGAAAUGUUGAAUGUGCCCAUCCUGUAUAUUAUUGGAGCAUUUAUACCAGCAACUAUGAUUGCUGUGCUUUACUACUUCGAUCACAGUGUUGCGUCACAACUUGCUCAGCAGAAGGAGUUCAAUCUAAGAAAACCGUCAUCUUAUCAUUAUGAUUUGCUGCUCUUGGGAUUUUUGACCAUAUUGUGUGGGCUUAUUGGAAUCCCUCCUUCUAAUGGUGUGAUUCCUCAAUCUCCAAUGCACACGAAGAGCUUAGCUACUCUAAAACAUCAGCUUUUACGGAAUAAGCUUGUAUCUACUGCACGAAAAAGCAUGAGGAGGAAUGUUAACUUGAGCCAGUUGUACCAAAAUAUGAAAGAAGCAUAUGAUGAAAUGCAGACUCCAUUGGUUCCCCAAAUGCCACCUACCUUGGGGCUGAAAGAACUGAAGGAGUCUACUAUUGAACUGGCUUCAAGUCAUGGAUAUAUUGAUGCCCCUGUUGAUGAGGUUGUCUUUGAUGUGAAUAAGGAUGUUGAUGACCUUUUGCCAGUUGAAGUUAAAGAGCAACGUCUAAGCAAUCUGCUUCAGGCAUUGAUGGUUGGAGCUUGUGUUGCUGCUAUGCCCCUUUUGAAGAAGAUACCCACUUCAGUGCUUUGGGGCUACUUUGCCUUUAUGGCCAUUGAAAGCCUACCAGGAAAUCAGUUUUGGGAGCGAAUCUUGUAUCUUUUCACUGCCCCAAGUCGAAGAUACAAACUGCUGGAGGAAUACCAUGCCACCUUUGUUGAGACCGUUCCCUUCAAAACAGUUGCCAUGUUUACUGUGUUCCAGACAGUGUACUUGCUUCUCUGCUUUGGCUUAACCUGGAUACCAAUUGCUGGGGUCCUUUUCCCACUGUUAAUCAUGCUUCUUGUCCCAGUACGGCAAUAUUGCCUUCCAAAGUUUUUCAAAGGUGCCCAUCUUCAAGAGCUGGAUGCAGCAGCAUAUGAAGAAGCACCUGCCAUUGCUUUCAACAUGUCCUUUGAAGGUCCAGGUGGACAAGCACCAGCAGUAAAUAUUAGUGGUGGGGAAAUUCUUGAUGAAGUUAUUACUCGAAGUCGUGGAGAGAUUCGACGCACACAAAGCCCGAAAACAACAAGUUCAACACCAACUUCAACCGGAGAUAUAAGACCAGCUAGUAGCCCUCGGAUAGGAAGAAGCAUUCCCAGCCCUCGAGUGACUGAAUUGAGAGGGGAAAGCAGUCUGAGACCAUCUGGGAAGGAGAUCAAGUUAACACAAACACCUAGUCCACGCUCACCAGUUCUUGGAAAAGUUACCAAAGGUUCACCUUCAAGCUAAAAUGUACCUUCAUGUUACGCUCUAGAGGUUAUGAACUUGGUUUUGUCACAAAAUUGUUCUCUUCUCAAUGCGUUUUCUUCUUUCUUUUUCAACUUCUUUUAUCAGAGUUUGUUGUUUGAUAGCUACUUUGUCAUUCUUAGUAAUAUAAAAAUGGGCAGGGAUGCAGUUGAAUGUUA